AUGCACUUGCAUCUCGCACCGGCACCAACACCAUCCAUGGUGAUUGAUCCAACACCAAUCCCAACCUCAACCAGCGUCAGCCAUGAGGAGGCGCCGCGUAUGUGCAUCUUUCGAUACACAGGCAGCCAGAUGGCAAGGCGAGGCACAGUCGAGGCACGCGAAAGAAAGCCCAGCCGAGCCAAGCAAGCCUACGCAGCUCCAGAGUUCAUUAGUCAUCGAUACUCCGUAUCCGUACAGAGCGCGGAUCAACGAGACAUUUGGGGUAUCGUGAUUGACAAAGCCUGGAGGCAUCCGCAGAGCAUGACCGAUUGUCCUCCAACAGUCCAAGGCUCUGACCGGCCAAUCCCCGUCCAAAGUCGCAGUCCCGUUCCCAGGUGGUUUGGUAGCCAUUCGACAAUGAUUGUGAGGACACCCCCUGUCAUGACCGUGACUGUAACUGUGACCCCGACCACGACAGAUGGAUGCUCUGCUCCGUCGUCAAUGUUCAAUCCCAUCCUUGAAUAUGAUCCAGCACAGCGUAUCGGGCAGACGUACUACAAGCCUAGCCUGGUCGGUGAUGGUCCGUCGGCGUCCAAGUGCCUUCGUCCGCCUGCCCCCGUCUGA